UGGCUGGGAGGGCGGGGGACACAACAAAGUGAAACACUUGAGUCUUGAGAGGGGAUUCAUCACAAAGAGUCUCAUAUUGUGCACUGAGAUAAUCGUGUUAUUUCUGUAAGAAACCGGGUAAUUUGUCAGAGCAGAUAAACCUAUGAAACAAUGGUGAGAUAUGUUUCGAAAAGGGAAGAAACGUCACAGCAGUAGCAGUUCUCAAGGCAGUGAAAUCAGCACAAAAAGCAAGUCAGUAGAUUCCAGUUUGGGUGGUCUUUCCAGAUCUAGUACAGUGGCUAGUCUUGAUACAGAGUCCACAAGGAGUUCAGGACAGAGUAACAGUAACUUUGACACAUGCACUGAAUUCAGAGUGAAGUAUUUGGGGGCUAUUGAAAACUUGAAAGCCAGUUUAUUUGAUUGUCUUCAAGGACCACAAGAUUUGAUUAAUUAUAUCGAUUUGGCACAGCAAUAUGGAAAAUUACCCUUUACACCAUCAGAAGAAGAGAGUAUUUUAUAUGUAUCCAAAUACGGUAUCAAGGUCACAUCCUCUGAUCAAUUUGACAUUUUGCACAGACAUCCACUUUAUUUGAUAGUGCGAAUGAUCUGUUAUGAUGAUGGUUUAGGAAUGGGAAAAAGUCUCCUUGCUCUAAAAACGACUGAUGCAAAUCAGAAUGAAUAUAGUAUCUGCGUGUAUCAGUGCAAUAGCUUGGAACAAGCUCAAACAAUCUGCAAAGUUCUAUCUACUGCUUUUGAUUCAGCACUUUCCUCAGAGAAAUCCUGACAGCUAUUCUCAACAAUAAAUCUGGUAACUCAAUGUGGAUUCAUUGGUUAUUUACCUUGUUUAACUGCCUUCAUCUACUAUUGUUGCCUUAGAUUUGUGAACUAACGUAAAGAGUUACAAAUUCUUAAGUUUGAAGAUGUCUGCAUUUCAAUAUUUUCAGUAAAUUGAGAAAUAUUGGUCUGUUAGUACUGUGCAGGUUUACAGUUCUAUAGAAGUCUGUUGUUAUACAUCACUUUCAAUUAUUGUCAAUCAUUACCAUACCUCCUUGGAGCAGCCUAUGGUUUACUGCAGGAUUUAUAACAAAGGUUUCAGAAAAUGAAAAUAAUCAAGUGAAAUAUAUAAACCUGUAGCAAUCAUGAAGCAUUUCUUUGUAUAGAGGUAUUUCUUAAAUGUCAGACUGGUAGUUAAUAACUUUGAUUUUUACACUGUAUAAUGCUCAGUGUAUUUACCUCUUCACUAACAAUAACAAUGUAAAUGAACAAGUCUUGAUGAUGAUAUAUGUUCAAGCCAAAUAUAUUUAACGAAUAGUGUGUAGGUCAGUACACUUUGUAAACACCGUUGUAAUUCUUGGCCUUUCAAAUUAGCAAUGCAAUGAAGUAACAUCCUUUUAUUUAUACAAAUAAAAGAAAUAUGGACAGUU